UGAACGUUAAGUGAGGGUGUAAACAUGUAUUUAAUGUGUUUUUAUUAUUUUGAUUGAAUAGUUUUUCAUAUAGUUCAUAGAUUUACUUUAACUUUGAGCAAAUGUGUAUAAAAUGUACGUAUGCAAUUCAACUUUCAACCAAUUUUUAGUUAUUAAAGUGAAACCUUUCAAUGGCUAGUGACAGCGACAAAAGUUCGAAUAAUCUUGAUUUGGAUGGAUAUUUGAAAAACAACAAGAAACAAGGGAGUGGUGGAAAUAUUGGUGACAGCGGUGACAAAACAAACCUGGGUAUUCCCCCAGUUGGCAAAGGCGGACGGCAUUUAUCCAUACCCUUUGAUUCAGCGACUGCUAAUGGUGAUUUAACCAAGAAACAAAAUGGCACAACAGUGCGCACCAACAGCCUGGGGUCGGGCGCGCGAACGCCGCCGGUGGAGCGGACCAAGUCCAAGUUCUCGGCCCUCGGUAGGCUCUUCAAACCUUGGAAGUGGAAACGGAAAAAGAAGUCGGAGAAGUUUGAAGCAGCCUCUAGAACUUUAGAAAGGAAGAUAUCCGUCCGAGCAAAUAGAGAUGAGCUGGUGCAGAAAGGGAUCCUCCUGCCGGAGAGUCCCUGCGCGCCGGUCCCCGAAGCUAAUGAAGACUCCCCCACAUACGAGGAGGCGGCGCGCGGCGAGCAGACGGCCAUGGACCGCGGCAUCAGCAACGCGCACGCGGCGCUGCAGGCGCAGCUGGCGUCGCAGCUGCAGCACCAGCAGGCCGCGCUCGCCAGCGCGCUCGCCGCCGCCGCCGCGCACCACUCCAUACACAACAACAACAUAGAACCAAAGAAAGACAAAUUGGAAAAUGGCGGCGAGCUGAUGAGGCCCGAGCGUCCAAACUCCUUGACAGCAGGCAAGCACACGCGGCGGAUAUGUUAUCAAGGAGACGUAGUAGGCGGUUACGGGGAGCCCGGCGGCGACGAGCAACUAGUUCUGUCCGAGCUGCCGGAGCCACCGAUCGCGCUGUCGGAGAUCGGGCCCAUCCCGCCGCCGCCCAUGUUCAGCUCGCCCAGCCCCACGCGCCACCAUCACCAGCACCAGCAGCAUACGCACGAGGACUCCGAAGACGAGGACGACGCGGACUCUGAAGAGGAGCUCCCAGUAACGGACACGUCUCGCGUGGAGGAGAUCCCGCCGAAGGAGCCGAGCUUCAACGCCGUGCCGCUCAAGUCGGCGCUCAAGAAGCGGACCGGCGACGCCGGCACGCCGCUCGCCACGCCGCUGGCGCCCCGCCAGGAUCACCACCAUGCUAGCUUCAAACGGCCGCCGCCGAAGCCGAGGGCCAGAUUCUGCAGUCGGCCGGUGCGGGUGGGCAACGCGAUGGAGAACAAGGAGAACGCCCGGCCGUGGGAGGGCGCGGGCGAGUACCGCGAGGAACACGCGACUGAAUCCGAUCGCGUCGCCGCCAAGCUCGCGCGCAAGGAGAGCCUCAACAUCAAGCUCGCGCUGCGCCCCGACCGCCAGGAGCUCAUUAACAGGAACAUCCUGGUGGUGCAGAGCGAGCACGAGCGGCAGGAGUCGUGGGAGGCGAUCGGCGCGCGCCUCAUCCGCCGCCUGUCCAUGCGCCCCACCGCCGAGGAGCUCGUCGAGAGGAAUAUACUCAAAAGUCAAUCACCUGCUGAGGAAAAGAAACAGAAAGAAGAAAAGAAACGGUAUCUUCUUCGUAAGCUUAGCUUUCGACCGACCGUUGACGAGCUCAAGGAGAAGAAGAUUAUACGUUUCAGUGACUACAUUGAGGUUACACAGGCCCACGACUACGACCGGCGCGCGGACAAGCCGUGGACGCGGCUGACGCCGCGCGACAAGGCCGCCAUCCGGCGCGAGCUCAACGAGUUCAAGAGCUCCGAGAUGGCGGUCCACGAGGAUAGCAAACACCUCACGAGGUUCCACAGACCAUGACGGCUGUGCACGGAGCUGGCCCGCGCCGCCGCGGUAGAG